AUAAAAGAGAAGAAGAAAAAAAAAAAAAAAAAAAAAGAGAAAACAAAACGUUGAGGGAAGCCCUGGUACCGACUAUUCAGAAUGUAUACCUUAAUGAUUACACACGGUAUGAACACACGGCUUGAGGCCGCUGCCUCUAUUUGUGUUUGCAAUUUCUACUUCUUUUUCUUUUAUUUAAACUCUCUUUUAUUCUAUUGUGAAUUGCUUCUUCCGGUUGCUAUCUCACCCGUUGUCUUGUGGAUUUAUAAUGAGCAUACCGACAAUUCCAACCCCAAGGUCAGCACGAGCAAGAGUUGGACCUGGAAUCAUUCAUCGCAACCCGAGCGAGGACGGAAUAUAAAUUCGAUCAAGAUAAAGAAACGGAAAGUGGUUCCAUCUCACAUCCGAACACAUCCAGAUCCUUGUCCAGAGGCUAAUUUCUCUCCCGCGGUCUCUUCGAACUACAUGGUUUAUGUUGCGGAUGUAUGGUAUUUACUCAAAUUUUCCCCAUGUCCCGGCGCUACCGCUACCUUUUGGCCCCCCAUCAGAUUUGCCUCUCAUCUCCUAGAUCAUUGUCUCCAAUCCGGAUGAAAAGGUCUCGAGUCGGAGCAAAUCGAAGAAGAAAAAAGAGGAGGAGGUGGGGGUUCUCCCUUGAGUGGCUGCUGGCCGCUGCCUGAUCGGCCGCUAACAUUUUUUUUAAUUAUGCAUUUGGUUAUUGAUGACUGAUGGACUGAUGGGAGAUACAGCAGAAAAGAACGAGAAUGGAGAAAAACCCUACUCCGGUCA